CGGAGUAAACGCUACAACUUUAUUAUUCUGUUUUUGAUAAAGGAGAAAAACUUGUUUUUCUCUCUCAGUUUGGCGAGGAAUGUUUUAUUUCCAGAAAUUAAACGGAACACGAAAUACCCGUGAAUGCUUUGUGGAAAGUUUGGUUUGGGAUUAGGUGCUGAAUUAAGUUGGCUGGAAGCUGGAAAGGAAAGAAAAAGAAUUGCAUCUAUUCCAAUGUCAUCAGAGGAUAAGAGUGUGAAUCCCUCUGACCAAGGACCUUCUCCUCCGCUGAGCAGUGCUGGGGCUACGCUCUCCGGAAGCCCUGCCCCUGCUGACAGACGUGACAGUGGUCGGCCCUGCGAGGACUCUGCGAACUCCACUACUAAACCCAAACAAAAGUCUCGUAGUCGAGGCGGUGCUCAGGUAGAUGAUGAUGACAGCAUGGACGGGACGGACGUCGCACAGCCACCAGAGAUGGAAGCAAUGGAGCUGGACGUAGAUGAGGAGGAGGAGGACUUUUCACGGCCACUGUCCCCACUCUUCCAGCGCUCUGUGUCUGAGGACUCAGCCGGCUCAUCAGCCUCGAGCACUAUGAAAGCCAAAUCCAGAAAAAAGUUGUGUGCCUUCUGUUACUGUGGUGAGCAGAGUGUGUUGGGUCAGGGUGAGCUGAAGCUUUUCGGCCCGACGCCGGGCUACGUCCCGCUGCACAUCCGCAACCGUCGCGGCAGCUCUGAAAAGGACGACGACUACCACGAUGAAGACGAGCUGAAGGACUUCAACAACGACCAUGACAAUGCCCGGAGCCCAGGCCAGCAUGGGAGGGGCCUGAAAAAAAUCAGCUCUCCAGACAGCGGCCUGCACUCAUCCUCAGCUCCAGGGAGCUCGGACCCAUUUGGCGAGGAGCCCAGUCACAAACUGUGGGACGAACUAGGACAGAUCGGCCUCCCUCCCGACAUCAACGUUCAGUCCUUGUUCGACCCCACUGGGCAGUGCUGUGCUCAUCUGCACUGUGCAGCCUGGUCAGAUGGGGUUUGGCGAGGUGAGGGAGGCCAGACUCAACUCUACGUGGAUAAAGCCAUUGACUCAGGGAGCACAGAGUACUGUGCAUAUUGUAAGCGCCUUGGAGCCUCCAUUAAGUGCUGUGAGGAAGGCUGUAGCCGCUCCUACCAUUACCCAUGUGCUGCCGCCGCCGGCACCUUUCAGGACGUCAAGACAUACACAACGCUGUGUCCUGACCAUAUCCAGCUGGCCCUCACCAAAUUUAAAGACGAGGUGAAGUGUAUGCUGUGUGAUAAUCCUAAUCCAGGUGAUCUGCACGACCAGCUAUUCUGCACUACGUGCGGUCAGCACUACCAUGGUGCAUGUCUGGAUGUCGUUGUCACUCCAUUAAAGAGGGCAGGCUGGCAGUGCCCAGAGUGUAAGGUCUGCCUGAUGUGCAGAAACCCCGGGGAGGACAGCAAGAUGCUGGUAUGUGACAUGUGUGAUAAAGGCUAUCACACCUUCUGCCUUCAGCCUGUUAUAGACUCCAUCCCCACCAACGGCUGGAGAUGUAAGAACUGUCGGACAUGUGCACAGUGUGGGGCUCGAUCCACAGGCCAGUGGUCAUCCAAUAUCCUGUGCGACUGUUGCCAACAGCAACAAGACCCCACCGUUUCUUGUCACAUUUGCAGCAGGGGCCAGGACACCGAUGCUCCUAAGGACACACUCACCUGCAACACCUGCAAGAGGUGGGUUCAUGUGGAGUGUGAUAAGAGUUGGAAGCCUGGUGCAGAGGCGCAGGUUCAGUACACAUGUACGUGUUGUCAGCAGGUGGACCAGAGCACCACAGAGCACACUCAGAUUCACUCUUCACAGCAGGCUGUGCUCGCUGACCCUGAAGGAACUACAGAUGCUUUCAUGGCAGUCGAGACGGAGGAGGAGGACGUUUCACUGGACAACACUGUUGAUUCUGUGCCAGAAGAGCCAGAUGAGUCUCCAUCAGGUAUAGAGACUGCUCAGGAGAUCCAGGUUACGGUGACUCUGACUGAAGGGUCAUCCUCACUCCAUCACUCGUCUGCUCUGUCAUCCCCACUCUCAUCCCAGUCUUGUGCCGCUGUGGUGGACCAAGAUGAUGAGGCAUUGCAUGAAACCAUAAUGCCAAUGGAAACUGGAAAGGAGGAGGACAUCAUGCGUGAGCCCGAGCAAGCCGGGGAGCCAGCUCCGAAAGCUUUUCUCCCUUUGCUUACCAAAGAAUCACAGGGGGAGCCCAUGGAGUUUUCUACUUCAGCUCUAAAGGAGGUAGUAGGGGAGAAUACCCAUGCCUCUCUGGAUACCUCUUUGGUUGUGGAUAUUGACCAGAACCUGGAAAAUAAUCUGGGACAAAGGGAGGAGGCAAAUGAGGAAGAGGAGGUGGCAUCUGAGCAGGCUUCGUCUGUAGAGGUGAACGUACCUCUGGGCACAGAAAGCAGCCCAACUCUGGAGAUGGUUACCACGCCUGGAAGUGAGCUCAGCUUUUCAGGCUUCAGCUCUCCUGCCACAGAGGACAAGACACCGAGCUUGAAGCGUUCUCCAGCAUUUUCCCCAGACAGCUCAGCCAAGCUGUGCCAGUCACCCUUUUCAUUGGAGACCUCACCCAGACACACACCUGGACACAACUCCUAUGGGUACAGCCUGGGUGUGCCUGCAGCUGCAUUCUUUCCAAUCACCCCAAAAAUUGGCAUGGGCAAACCAGCCAUCUCAAAGAGGAAGUUUUCUCCGGGGAGACCUAGAGUGAAGCAGGUUGGAUGGAGCAGUCGUAGUGCAGUAAGCUCUCCUUCCUGGUCUCCGGAGCACUCCGAGGCUUUUGAUGGCUUUAAGAACCGGCAGCAGAGCGAGUUCGUCUGGACGGCCAGACUGGGUCGUGGAUCAGGCUUCCCGGGGCGGAGGCGUCCCAGAGGAGCUAACCUGUCUGGCAGAGGGGGCAGGGGACGAUCUAGACUGAAGACAGAAAGCAGCCUUCUUGUGACCCCUGGGAGUAUUAUAGAGGCUCCCUAUGUGGUUAAAGAAGAGGAGAACUCCAUGCACAACACAGUGGUGUUGUUCUCCAGCUCAGACACCUUCACCCUCAGACAGGACAUGUGUGUGGUGUGUGGGAGUUUCGGUCAGGGUGCUGAGGGCAGACUCUUGGCUUGCUCCCAGUGUGGUCAGUGCUACCACCCAUUCUGCGUCAACAUCAAGAUUACUAAGGUGGUGCUGAGUAAAGGCUGGAGAUGUUUGGAGUGCACAGUGUGUGAGGCGUGUGGACAGGCCACCGAUCCUGGCCUCUUACUGCUGUGCGACGACUGUGAUAUCAGCUAUCACACCUACUGCCUGGACCCGCCACUGCAGAAUGUACCUAAGGGCAGCUGGAAGUGUAAAUGGUGUGUAUCGUGUACCCAGUGUGGCGCCACGUCCCCCGGCCUGCACUGCGAUUGGCAAAAUAACUACACACAGUGUGGCUUGUGUGCCAGCCUAGCUGUAUGCCCAGUGUGUACACAGAGCUACAGGGAGGAGGAGCUGAUCCUCCAGUGCCGACAGUGCGACAGGUGGAUGCACGCCCUCUGUCAGGGUCUGAACUCUGAUGAGGAGGUGGAGAAUGCAGCAGAUGAUGGGUUUGACUGCACUAUGUGCAGAAUGCACACUCCCUGCACUCAAGGUACCAAUUGUGCGAAGUUCACUGACAACAGUGAGCCCCCAGUGGUUAUACAGCCUGUGCCUAGGAUCAGGGACUAUGAUUUCCAGAAGACAUACACUCAGGAUGGUGUGUGUCUGACUGAAUCAGGUCUUUGCCAGCUUCAGAGUCUGUCUGCCUCAUCUGGUCGACGCCGGAGGCCCAAACCCAAACUCAAGCUCAAGAUCAUCAACCAAAACAGCGUGGCAGUGCUGCAAACACCACCAGAUCCACAGUGUGACUUCUCUCGAGAGGGUGACAUAGACGACAGCAGAGAAGGGGAUCUGAUGGACUGUGAUGGCAAGUCAGACUCAAGCCCUGAGCGAGAACCCAAUGAUGAAGACCUAAAGGGUGCAGACAGUUUGGACAGCAUGAAGAAGAGAAAGAGGAAACCCUACAGGCCAGGCAUUGGUGGGUUUAUGGUGCGCCAGAGGAGUAAGACCGGGCAAGGCAAAGCUAAACGAUGCCUAAGCAGGAAGGAUUCCAGUGGAUCUCUUACAGAGAACCUCAAUGGGAAAGAGGACGGUUGGAAUGAACCAGACACCCCUGUGGACGAGAUGCCUCCAGUGGCCGAGAUGCCUCCAGUGGCCGAGUCUUUGGAAAAGGUCAAAAAGAGAUACAGGAAGAAAAAAAACAAACUGGAGGAAUACUUUCCCUCCUACCUUCAGGAGGCUUUUUUUGGAAAAGAUCUGCUGGAUAAAAGUAAGCAGAUUAAACAGUCAUUGGAAACGGCACCAGUAGAAGGACAAGCUUACAGAGAGAGCAAGCCACCCAGCGCCAACUCCAGCUUCCUGGACCCAUCUUCUGAUCCUCUUCUAAGUGCUGCAGCCACUCCUAUCUCCAGCAAAGCUACCACUCUCAUCAAUGCACAGGAUCCCAUAGCUGAGCUGGUUCUGCAGCCUGAUGAUGAUCUCCUGGGCAUGCUGUCGGAUAACCUGGCCAAACCGGACCAUGAGUCAGGUCUUGAUUUAUGUCCUUUCCAGGUGGAAAGCUUCCCCCUUCUGUUCGCUGGAUUGGACAUUGAGGGCAUUUCUGAAGACCCCCCAGGUCCUCCCCAACUUGCUUCUGUUCGGGGGCCUCGGCAGAUGCAGGAAGAACCUCUAGAUGUGAUUCUCAGCCCUGAACUGGACAAGAUGGUGAAUGAUGGAUCUAUUCUCAGCAAACUCCAGAUUCCAGAACUGGAGGGGAAAGAGGUGGAAGACUUAUUUACAGCAGUGCUAAGCCCAACCACGUGUCAGUCACCACAAGUAGCACAGCUUCCCAACAUUGUCCCCAAUAUGCCACUCAUGCCAGUUUCACACCAGGGUCCAGGAGCUAGUGGCAUGUUCCCUCGUAUGCCCAUGAUUAAUGGUAUGAUGGGUCCUAAUUCUACUCUUCCUUCAAAUCCUCUGAUGUCUGGAGCUGGUGUUGCAGGCACGUUUUCUCCCAUUCACCGGAUGCCUUUUCCUGAGAGUAUAAGGGAGAAGUUUAGCCAGAUUGGAGAUAAUAUGGCUGGUCCCUGGGGUGCCUCUGGUCCUAUUUCUGGUCCAGCCCCCUCAGCAGAGCCAGAAACAGAUGCCAUGUCUAAUGCCCAAAAAAGUACACUGAAGUGGGAGAAGGAGGAAAGCCUUGGAGAGAUGGCUACGGUGGCACCUGUACUCUACACCAAUGUUAACUUUCCCAGCCUAAAAGAGGACUUUCCUGAUUGGACAACUAGGGUAAAGCAAAUUGCCAAACUGUGGAGGAAGGCUAGUUCUCAGGACAGAGCUCCAUAUGUGCAAAAGGCUCGGGAUAACCGAGCAGCCCUUCGCAUUAAUAAGGUUCAGUUGUCUAAUGACACUCUAAAGAGACAGCAACAGCAGCAUGUUUCUGACCAUUUUGACUCGAGCAUCCCAAGCAUGGACACUGAGCUUCUCUUCAAAGACCCACUCAGACAAAAGGAAUCGGAGCAUGAGCAGGAGUGGAAAUUCAGACAGAAGGGAGAAUUAAAUCUGAUGUUGGGACCCGGACAGGAAAAGGUCCCAAAAAGCAAAGCCAUAAAAUCAACAAAUAAAGGCGUCCUUUUUGGACAUUCCAACCAGGCAUCUAUAGCUGCAGGAUGUGGAAAAAAAUCUCUGCAAAUGAGACAAAAGAGCAAACAGCAGGCAAAGAUUGAAGCAACACAGAAGCUUGAACAAGUUAAAAAUGAACAGCAACAACUUCAGCAGCAGCAACAGCAACAACAGUUCAGUGGCCAGUCAGUUGAAGACACCCCUAACGGUGAGAGUGAAAGCCCCUUGACAUUACGGCCCACCAAUGGAGAUAACACACCCCCUCAACAGCCCAUCAAGGAUACCUUCGUGAGGCCCCAACUUCCUGGAACACCAAACCCAACCUCAUCUUCAGACGAUGUAUUUUUGCGCCCCCAGCUUCCACCCCCAUCGGCAGUAGCAAAACCCCUUACCCAGGACACACAGUAUUCACAAGGGUCAUCCUCUCAGCCUCAGUCCCCUCAGAUGUUUUCACCUGGUUCGUCUGGUUCACGCCCAUCAUCUCCUUGGGAUCCGUAUGCUAAAAUGGCCGGUACUCCUCGACCCCAGCCAUGUGGAUCAAGUACUCCUCGCAGAGGCUCGAUGUCCGACAUGCAGGUGCGGGGCGGGCCAUCCCCUGCACAUGAGCCCUUUGGCUCGCCUACAUCUGCAAAUGUUGACAUGUAUUCAAAACCGCCAGACACACCCAGGCCAUCAGACCCAUUUGUGAAACCUCUUGGACCUCCCAGGGCUGGACCUUUGGCAGAGCAGCAGCAACUUCAUCAUCAACAACAGAUUAGACAUAUGUUGCCUAGUACUACAUCAGGGGACAAUUUUACAAGGCUGAAUAUUAGACCAGACCACUACCAGCAAAUGCCUCCCCGUGUGGGUUUUUCAGACACUUACUCAAGGCCACUACUAACCCCUAAUGAAUCUGGCUCUGCGGCACUAUUUAAAACUCCUAUGCCUCCCUCACAAGACAUGUUUAAUACAGCUCAGCCAGGCAUGAGACGUGCAUCAUGUGAAGGUUUCUCUCAGGGUCAGCAAAAUGAUCCUUAUUUACAUCAGCCUCUCACUCCUCAUCCGUCAAUGGGAGAUGUCCUUAGCAAUGAGGGCAGAAUUAAGUGUCAGGGUUCAGGAGGUCAUUUUGCACAGCCUAUGCCUAUGGCCAGGCAUCCCCAAAGGAAUGCAUAUGUGCAAGCACCAUCUACGCCAAGACCAGAUUACUCCCAGCAAAUGGAUGAGUCUUAUGCUCACCCUCUUGGCACUCCUCAAUCUCAUGAUCCCUAUGCUCAUCCCCCUGGGACCCCAAGACCACAUACAGACACAUUUUUAGUGCCUUCAUCAACACCUCAACCUGCUUCUACAGAUCCAUUUUCUCAUUCACAAUCUAGCUUUAGGCAAUCUCCUGCUCACAGUAUGGAUCCAUAUGCCCAAAUGCCAGGUACACCAAGACCAGCAACAGGAGAAAGGUACCCUAAAUCUCCAGGUAGCCAGAGAAAUACAGAUGCUUACAUGCAAGCUGCUGCAACACCUCGGCCAGCCAAAAUAGACCCAUAUAGCCAGGCACCCGGAACACCUAGACCCGUUUUUAAUGACCCAUAUGCUCAGCCUCCAGGAACCCCAAGGCCAGAUCAAUUUAGCAAUCAGCCUCAAAACAGGAUGCAUGAUUCAUUUGCUCAUCCAGCUGGUCCAGGUUUUCAAACUCCAAAGAACCUUGGCAUUCCAGAUGAAAAUGCAUCCUUGCCCCAGCCAAAUCCUAAUCAAACACCUGUUCAUGACCCUUUUGAGCAAGCCCCUUUGACCCCAUGUCCACAGUCAGAUGAAAGAAUGGCUCCUCCAAAUACAAGCAACUCUUCUGUUAUUCAGGAUGCAAUGCAGUCACCACUGCUGGAUACAGAGGACAAGCUUAACAAGCAUCAGAAAUUACGGCAGCUAAUCUUAAAACAGCAGCAGCACAAGCGUGCAAUUCGACAGGAGAAGGGACUUCAGGAGGCUUCUAUUAAUUCAGCACCUGGGACUCCUUUGCACUGGUCUCAAGAAGAUUCUGGACCACAAAAUGAUGUAUUCGGCCGCCCGCCACCACCAUAUCCUGGAACUGUGAGACCUCCACUAAUGCAGGGAGGACAAAGAUGUCCUGGAAUUUUUCUUGAGCAACGGCCGCCAUGCCCUAAUGAGACCCAGUGUCCUCGACCUCCGUUUUCUAGAGAUAUGAACAAUAUGGUUAUGCGACCACAAGGGGCAAGAUUUGGGUUCAUACCUGGAUCAACAGGUCAGGAGGCAUAUCUCAGGCCUCCAAACCAGAUUCAAGCGGGACCACUGGUUGAAAAUUUUCCUCCACAGAUGAGAAGGUCUCUGUCAGUCGAUCUUUCUAGAUCGAUGGGAGGCAAACCUCAAAUGGGCCUUCCACAACACUUCCCUCCACGUGGCCUUCCAGUGCAGCAGCACAAUAUAAUGGGCCAGUCUUUUAUUGAGCUUCGUCACAGGGCUCCAGAGAAUAGAGUCAGACUACCAUUUAUGCCACCCAACAUCUCUGACCAUACUAAUCAUUCCCAAAGGCCCCCCAACACUUUAAUGGGAGGACACAAUAUGGCAUUUGUUGGAAACCAAAGUUUGCGGCCACUGACUCCAAUCAUAGGUCAACCUCAGCAAGGAACUGUUAAUCACCUACAGUUGUCAGCAAGCAUGGAAAACCUGCAUCAGCAAACAAACCUGACAGAUAACACUGCUCCAGUAUCACAUUUAGGAAAUGGUUUGGUACUUAAUUCUACACAACCUGAGCUUCUGAAUGCAACACUCUCUGGUCCAGCAGAGGAGAUCCCAUUGCCUUGUGGUGAUGGUAUCGAGGAGAAGUUGGAUGCAGAUGACUCUGCAGUAAAAGACCUGGAGGAUGUGGAGGUUAAGGAUUUGGUUGAUGAAGAUUUGGAGAACUUGAACCUUGAUCCAGAAGAUGGCAAGGUUUUAGAUCUAGACACACAUUACCUUCACCUUGAUGAUUUCAUUGAAUCUGGAAAUUUUGACCUUAUUGCUUAUGCAGAUCCUGAGCUAAAUCUUGAGGACAAGAAGGAUAUGUUUAAUGAGGAGCUUGAUCUAAGUGACCCUAUAGAGGAUGGCAGUGAAGAGACCUCUGAAUUGUCUAAGAAUAAACAUGACAGUGGUAAAGGUGAAUCCCAUCAACCAGUAAGUGAUCUGAAGGAUGUAGAAGCUUCUGGCUCACAAACGGACUACCUGUCAGAAGAAUCUUGUGGUAGUCUGCUGACUGCAAGCCCCAUUAAAACAGAGGUCAAACCGGGUUCAGUCAUCAGUCAGGGUCAUUCGGUUUGUGAAGGUUCAAUGAAUGACACCAGGCCGCUGAGUAGUACAGAUAGUCAAGCAGAUGUGUCCAGCCUCAUGGAGCCAUCAGGUGCCUCUUCUGGCUCUGCUCCAGUACUCGCUAACCUUUUGACCAAAGAGAAUCUUGAAGGCUCUCAGGUUGGCUCUGUUGUUUCCACUCACAAAGGUGAUCUUGCCCAGCCUAAUGGCACAGAACCUAAUUCAAACAUGGGAAUGAUAAUGAUGCAAGGGCAAGGUAGAAGCCCUGGGAUUAACCCUUUAAUGACAGCAGGGCACAGAAUGGAUGCAUCACUGGGAAACUCGAGUAUAAUGUCUGUAAGCAACCAUCAGUUACCAGUCCAAGGCUUUGAAUCCUCCCCUGGAAAGCAAGUGGAUAUAAAUCAACCCAUGAUAGGUGGCCAGCAACCUGUUUCACACACCCAUCCUUCUCCAGGCCAGCAGGUGAUGUUCCCACAGGGCUCCAUUGGGCAGCAGGGACAUAACAUACAACAAUGCCAACAAAACAGGCCUCUGCUGUUAGAUGAGCAGCCCCUCCUUCUACAAGAACUGCUGGAUAAGGAGAGGGAGGAGCAGCAACAGCAAAGACAGAUGCAGGCCAUGAUUCAGCAACGUUCAAAUGACCCAUUUUUCCCUAAUAUUGACUUCGAUGCUGUUACUGAUCCGAUAAUGAAGGCAAAGAUGGUGGCUCUGAAAGGAAUCAAUAAAGUAAUGGCACAGAAUAGCAUGGGAAUGCCACCCAUGGUCAUGAACAGAAUGCAGCAGAUGCCUGUAGCACAUGGGCCAGAUGCACUCAGUCACCCUCAGCAUGUUUUAGGACCGGAUGGGAAGCUAAUAUCACAGCUGGCGAGGCCAACCCCUCCCACGUUUGGACCGGGUUUUGUCAAUGAUGCCCAGAGAAAGCAAUAUGAGGAGUGGCUGCAAGAUACUCAACAGCUUCUUCAAAUGCAGCAGACAUUUCUGGAAGACCAGAUUGGGGCUCACAGAAAAUCCAAGAAAGCCCUCUCUGCAAAACAGCGCACAGCUAAAAAGGCAGGUCGAGAGUUUCCAGAGGACGAUGCACAGCAGCUAAAACAUGUGACCGAACAGCAAGGUGUCAUUCAGAAGCAAUUGGAACAGAUUCGAAAGCAGCAGAAAGAACAUGCUGAGCUAAUUGAGGAGUACCGCGUCAAGCAGCAACAACAGCGAAGUCUCCAGCCCCCCAUUAUGAAUCCAAUGCAGUCCAUGCCAGCAAUGCAAGGUCAGCCACCUGGCAUGAUGCCUGGUGGACCCCACAUGGGCCAGCCCAUGAUGGGUCCUAUGCAACCCCAUCCAGGUAAACCAAAUCCUCCUCGAAUGCCUAACUUGCCUGGCUGGCACCCAGCCAGCUCUGGACCCAUGGGCACACCAAUAGCAGGACCCAGGAUGGCCUCACACAUGCUGCCUCAAAUGCCACCAGCCACCCCAGGCCAGCCACCACCAGUGCAGCCGACACCUUCCAUGGUGCCACCUGGCACGCCUUGCAGUGUACCUGGAGGUCAUGGGGGUGGACAGACAUCCCACGUAAAGUUUGAUGACAACAACCCAUUCAGCGAAGGCUUCCAGGAACGGGAACGUCGUGAAAGACUGCGGGAACAGCAAGAGAGACAGCGGGUACAGCUAAUGCAAGAGGUGGAGAGGCAAAGGGCACUUCAGCGGCUGGAACUAGAACAACAGAGCACUGGCAUGGCUCCAGAUGCUAAGCGGGACAACUUGGCUCAAAUGCCCUUCUUCAAUGCCAACCUGCCCCAGGAUUUCAUGCAGCCUGCCAGACCUCAGCAGUCACAGCAGAUGGGCUCCAUGUUUCCCCAGCAGAGUGGAACAUCUCUAGAUUUUGUGAACCCUAGCCCAGGCGUAAUGCAACCUGGGGACCGCAGAUCCAUAGUUGGAAAUGCUACUUUUCCAGGCCAGGAAAUGGGGCUAAAUUUCCGGCCAAAGAAUCCAAUGAUGCACUUCAUGCCAGGUCAGCCUCGGCCACCGAUGAUGCCCGAAGGUGGAGUUGACACCUCGUUGGUUGGCGUGGAGUCAGCACCGCAUGUGUCUUCUAAUUAUGCUGGCUCAGGCCAGUCCCUCAUACAGCUGUACUCCAACAUCAUCCCUGAAGAGAAAGGCAAGAAAAAAAGAAAUCGUAAGAAAAAGAAGGAUGACGAUGCUGAAUCAGUGAAGACACCCUCCACGCCACAUUCAGAUUCCAAUGCUCCUCUGACCCCAUGUGUUUCAGACACAUCAUCCACUCCUACUCGCAGUGCUGCCUUGCUGGGCGACCAUGAUUCAUCUGAUCUCUCUAAUUCCAUGUCCUCUAUCUCUGGCCUGCCUCCAACAGAGCUCGAUAGGCAGCUGUCUGGAAGUGACAGUCUAUUUAGACGACAGUCUAGCAUGUGUUCAGAAUCAGAUCAGGGAACCCUGGAUGAGACUCUGGAGAUAAAGCAGGAGAAGAUGGAGGCGAGUGUAUGCCAGGGACCCGAUGAAGAUGUAGGAUCUGGACACAGUGCUGAAACGGGCCUAGUUAAGAUCGAGACAAGUGGUGAGGGAAUUUCUCCCAGCAUCCCGGACAAGAGUCCAGCACAUGGUAGCAAGGAUGACUCUGGGAAUGAACUCCUUAAACACUUGCUAAAUAAUAACAAGAGCACACCUCCAUCAGCAACUACACCCCUUCCACACCGUGUGACAAGUGACAGCCUGCGAUCAGAGGAAGAGGAGGGGGGUGUAAAGUGUCAGUUGCCUGAUCAUCUGAACUCUCUUGAAACUUCACUGCCAGAGCAAGGCAAAAAGAAACAGCGCAAUAAGAGAGCACCAAAGGUAGGGGCUGAGAAACCCCAGUCUCGCUGGAAGAAGAGGAAGAAGGAGCAGGAGGAGCAAGUGGUUUAUCAGACCACUGAGACGUUAAUGACGCAACUCAAACAGCAGCUUUCCCUGCUUCCCCUGAUGGAGCCCCUAAUUGGGGUAAACUUUGCCCAUUUCCCCCCAUAUGGCAGUGAGCAGCUGAAUGGAGAGAACAGACUUUCUGGGUCUUUUGGAAGUGCCUCACUGGAUGGAGUUACUGAUUACUACUCACAGCUGAUCUAUAAGCAAAACAACCUGAGCAAUCCUCCAACACCACCUGCAUCUCUGCCUCCUACUCCUCCUCCGGUAGCCAGGCCGAAAAUGUUGAAUGGUUUUGCCACAGCUGAGGAGCUUGCCAAGAAAGCUGCAGUUAUGAGUGUAUCGAAAAGCUUGGGACAGAAGCAGCUGCCGAACCUCCUGACUCAGGCCAUUUCUCAGGGACCCAAGGCUGUUGAUGUGCCUGCAUCCCUGCCCACACCUCCCCAUACCAAUCAGGAGGAGCUCCGCGGGCAAGACCACUCUGACAGAGACACACCAGACAGCUUCGUCCCUGCCUCAUCUCCAGAGAGUGUAGCUGGCAUGGAGAUUGGUCGAUACCCAGACCUGUCUCUAGUGAAAGAGGAGCCUCUGUCACCAGCACUGUCUCCCACCAUUUCUAUGCUACCCAGUGCCAGUGGAAAAGGCACAGAACUCUUGCAGUGGGAGGUAAAGAAAGAACCCCAAAACGCCUUCUUUGGAUCACAAUUUGAUCAGUCUUCCUCCUGCUCAAAGGCUGGUCUGGUAUCAGUAGCGCUCACACUAAAUCCAGCAGCAGCUCAGAAUAUACAGGGAUUGAUGACGGCCAUAGCCAACUUGCUCUGCGUACCUGUUCCUGCCAGCUAUGACGUAUCACGCACCUUGAGCCCUGACUCACGAAACUCACUUGCCAUGCUGGCAAACCUCCAAGUCCCGUCAUCUCAUGGGCUCAAGCCCUACCAGGUUGCCCUGCUUCAGUCUGGGAUGAGGUUCCCCAGACCUAUGGCACCUUCUGGCCCCCUGACUCAAAACUUCACACCAAGUGGUGCAGUCAGACCACAAUAUCAAAUGAAUGAAAGGAGCCCAGGGCAAAAACUGCAGUGGUGCGCACAGUGCAAGGUGGUGGUUCUGGGAAAUGGAGUCUGCAGAUUGACUAAAAAGGAGGGCCAGACCUGGACUGAGGGGAGCAUCGUCUUCUGCAGCCACAACUGCUUGGUUCUGCACACAUCAGUCAUGCAGAAUAAAGCAGUAGAAAGCAAGUCAAAUAUGGCUGUACCACCUGAUUCUGAUGAGAAGAGCCCCAACAAGGUUCCCCAUCAAUACAGCAACAACAUGUCCACCCUGGAUGUCCACUGUCUGGCCCAGAUGCAGCCCAAGUAUUCUCCUCCAUCCUCUCCUCCCAUCUUGUUUCCUUCUAUCUUCCUUGUGACACCAAAGUCUGAGAUCAAGCAUGAUGCUCUAAAGGUCAGAGUGAAGCUGAAACCUCGGCCCCGUGCCAUCCACAACGAAGCAGAUGACCCACACUACCCAUCUGCAAAGCGCUGGAAAGGACUGCGUUGGCGCAAGUGGAGCGUCCAGAUUGUGGUGCCCAAAGGAAGGUUUCAGAUGCAGAAUGAUGAUGAGCUGGAAGAGCUGCUGAGGAGACUCGAUGCAUCACUGCGACCCGAACCACUACCAAGAGACACGCGUCGCUGCUGUUUCUGCCACGAGGAGGGAGAUGGCCUCACCGACGGACCAGCUCGCCUCCUAAAUCUUGAUCUGGACGUGUGGGUGCACUUGAAUUGUGCACUCUGGUCCACCGAGGUUUAUGAGACACAGGCGGGUGCACUUAUUAACGUGGAAAUGGCAUUGCGCCGUGGCCUCAGUGUGCGCUGCUCCUACUGUCAGCAAAUAGGUGCGACCAGUGGCUGCCAUCGACUACGAUGCACCAACGCUUACCACUUCACCUGUGCCAUCAAGGCCCAAUGCACCUUCUUCAAGGACAAGACCAUGCUAUGCCAGUUGCACAAACCACGAAUGGGCAGUGGUACAGCAUCCACCAUUCCCGGUCUGAUGGGCCAUGAGCUGCGGUGCUUCACUGUAUACCGCCGCGUUUACGUGCAAAGGGACGAGGCGCGCCAGAUCGCCAGUGUGAUGCAGCGUGCUGACCGUGAGCACACUUUCCGUGUGGGCAGCCUGGUGUUCCAUGCAGUCGGGCAGCUUCUGCCACAACAGAUGGAGGCUUUCCACUCCUCAACAGCCAUCUUUCCUGUGGGCUAUGAGGCCAGCCGGAUCUACUGGAGCAUGCGCCACGCGAGCCGACGCUGCCGUUAUCUCUGCUCUAUUGACGAGAAAGAUGGGGCACCAGAGUUCACCAUCAGGGUAGUGGAACAAGGCUACGAGGACCUGCUACUGACCGGGUCCUCCCCUAAAGGUGUGUGGGAUAAGGUUCUGGAGCCUGUGGCUGAGAAGAGAAAUGAGACCGGUACUCUUAAACUGUUCCCUGUCUACCUGAAGGGCGAAGACUUGUUCGGACUCACCGUCACUGCAGUUACCCGGAUUGUGGAAUCGUUGCCAGGAGUGGAGUCAUGUGCUAACUACACGUUCCGUUAUGGUCGUAACUUGUUGAUGGAGCUUCCUCUGGCCAUCAAUCCAUCAGGAUGUGCUCGUUCUGAACCUAGGCCAUGCACGCAUGCCAAGAGGCCUCACACUCUGACCAGCGGUUGCUCUGCAAAAGUUGUGCAGACCAAUGGCAGUCCAACUGAGCUCAUCGGUGCUCCCUAUAGUAAACAGUUUGUGCAUUCCAAGUCCUACCAGUACCGGCGCAUGAAAGCGGAGUGGAAGUCCAACGUCUACUUAGCUCGCUCACGCAUCCAGGGCUUGGGACUGUACGCUGCUAGAGACAUUGAGAACUACACCAUGGUGAUUGAAUACAUUGGCACCAUCAUUCGUAACGAGGUGGCAAACCACAAGGAGAAGAUGUACGAAUCACAGAACCGUGGCGUUUACAUGUUCCGCAUCGACAGUGAGCAUGUCAUUGAUGCAACCAUAACAGGAGGGCCUGCACGGUACAUUAACCACUCCUGCGCACCCAAUUGUAUAGCUGAGGUCGUGACCUUUGAGAGAGGCAGCAAAAUCAUCAUCAGCUCCAACCGGCGAAUACAGCGUGGAGAAGAGCUGUGUUACGACUACAAGUUUGACCUGGAAGACGACCAGCAUAAGAUUCCCUGUAACUGUGGUGCAGUAAACUGCAGGAAGUGGAUGAACUGAAUACGAAAAAACUGAGCGAAUGUUCCAAGUGCACAUGUAUGCAUUCCUUCUGAUCUUUUUCUACACCUGUUUCCACUCACCUAGUCUAAUUUUUACCUGAACAUAAACUUGAUCAGGGCAGAUGAGACCUCAGAACUGUAAUGAUCAGUGCACACAGGCCUGACUUUUAAAGAAACUGGAAAAAAAGUCGGGUAGAGUUUUAGGGUGACAGGUGAGAAAAAAAGGGGUAAUAAGUAAGGCUAAAACCCCUCACCCAGACACCAGGCUGCAUAGAGACACACUGGUCCCAGAUGAUGAGUGAUCCACUCAGCUGGGCGAGAGAGAAAAUGUACGUUUAAGGGGGGUGUUGGGGUUAAUUUUAGCAGCCCAGGAGGAAAUGAAGGUGCUGAGCACAGCCUUAUUUAGCUAACGAAGAGGCAGGUCCUCUGGAUAAAGAGUUCUAUACAGAUAAAUAUAUAUAUGAUUCUAUAAACGCAGAAAUGUAGACACCACUGAACGAGGAAUGUACUGAGAAGACUUCCUUAGGGAUAAAGCUAAGGGAAGAUUAACUUGCACUAAAAUCAACAACAACAAGAAAUAGUUUAAAAUACUUGAUUCCAUGAGUCAGUUUAUUUUUCCUUCGUGUUUGAUUUCUGUAAAAUAACAGGCAACUUUUCGUAUUUAUUAUGGACGGAAGCUAUUUUUUAAGCGCGCGGAUACGGAAGAACGUCAAGCUGCUGCAGAUGGCGCGGUGGAUUCAGUGGAACGUGUUACUUUAUAAUGUGUAAAUAUGAAUCUAAGAUCUAUUAUGCUACCUUCACUCGAGAGCUAUUUGGUUGUGCAUUUUUGCUCCUCUUCAGUUGAAAAUAAAAGAGUGAAAAAAAUAUAUAGAUAUAUAUAUUUAAGAAGGACGUUACGAUUUCCAGAGUCUGUGUUGUAUAAAAGUGUACAGAAUCUGUAAAAAAGAGAAAUGAUUUCAGAGUAUUUUUGUUGUAUUUAGAAUGUAGAUUUGUCUAAAAUCGGACCACUUGAAUAUUCUUUUCAUUUUCUUCUUUAAAACUUUUACUUUCCUUUACUUUUGCAAUCAAAGAAUGCAGAUUAUGCUGCACAGAUUGGCUCAUCCUAACUAUUAAUCACCACCAAUCACGUGCUUUGAGUUGAUGAUUUUUGUUCGAAUCCAGUAGUUCAGAAUGGAGAGGAAUCCAAAUACCUUCUCAUACUCCGUUACUUUGACAUGAUGAAAUGUAAAAUACACCCCUUUCCUUCCCUGUUGUUUACAUUAUUUUAAAAGAAAUGUUUUUUUUUUUUAGCUUUUAGAGGAAAAUUAUAGUAUGAUGUUUUGGUAAUAAUAAAGAAUUCAGAGCUGGUGAGAUACGUUGCUGUCCAGUUUGACAUGAAGUUUGGAUGUGUAAUAUAAACAUGAUGUAUUUUUUGAACUUUCAAAUGAAUCAAUUGUACAGAAGUUUCUCAAUGGUUGUAAUGAAAUUUGUUUCUGGAAUAUUUUUCUCUCUUGUACAAUAUUCACACAUUAUUAACAGUAUUUUUUUUUCUUGGUCAUGUACAGUAGUAUACAAUGUCAAAUGAAGAGUUUUUUGAAGCAUACAAACUGUAAUGGGUUUUUGGAGUUUGUGGAAUCAGAUUUAGGAAUAUUUACAAGAAAUAAAUAUUUUACAUCUUUAA